CAGAUAACAUGAGUCCUCUUCAUAUUGAAACACCAGCACUGUUGUCACCCUCUCUGACAAGACUGGCUGGGAGACAUGUCUAUCUGAAACUGGAGAAUCUGCAACCUUCUGGCUCAUUCAAGCUGAGAGGCAUUGGCUGUCUGUGUGAGGAGGCUCGGGCCGCUGGCUGCUCAGAGAUCAUCUCCUCGUCGGGCGGUAACGCCGGCCUGGCCGCGGCGUACGCGGCGCGCACACUCGGCAUGGCUUGCACUGUGUACACGCCCCACUCCACACCAGCCCUGCUGGUGGACAAACUGCGGAACGAAGGCGCCGACGUGCAGAUAGUCGGCAAGAACUGGAACGAGGCGAACGAGGUAGCCGUUGAACGCGCCCAGCGUCCCGGCUGCUGGUUCGUCCACCCCUACGAGCACCCGUCCAUCUGGAGGGGCCACUCGACGCUGGUGGAUGAGCUGCACCGUCAGCUGGCCGCGCCGCCCGCCGCCGUCAUCCUGUCGGUCGGCGGCGGCGGACUGGCCAACGGCGUUAUUGAGGGACUCGAGAGGGUCGGUGCGUCGCGUGGUCUCAUGACCAUCCACCAGUUAAAGUCCCGCGUGUUUCGCGACAGACACAGUCCACAGCUGAAUGUGUCGUCGUCCAGCCUACGCUAG